CGUCCGCCAGCCCCUGUCGCCGGAGGCGGGGCACCGGAAGUGGAGUAUUUCGUAAUAUCCGCUUGCCUUCAGUAGGUGAAAGGUGGACGAAAAGACGAAACAAGUGUCCUUCUGUUCAUCAAGGCGCGAUGAUUCCGAACACCGGGAAGUUAGCCGGCUGCACGCUGUUCAUCACGGGAGCUAGCCGUGGCAUCGGUAAAGCCAUCGCCUUGAAAGCCGCCAAAGAUGGCGCCAACAUCGUCAUCGCUGCCAAGACCGUCCAACCUCACCCAAAACUACCCGGAACCAUCUACACCGCUGCCCAAGAGGUGGAGCAGGUUGGCGGGAAAGCGUUGGCAUGCGUGGUGGACAUCCGAGACGAGCGACAAGUUGAAGCUGCUGUUCAGAAAGCAGUUGAGAAGUUUGGAGGCAUCGACAUCCUGGUGAACAACGCCAGCGCCAUCAACCUGACAGGAACCUUGGACACGCCCAUGAAGAAGGUGGACCUCAUGCUGGGAAUCAACCUGAGAGGAACAUACAUGACGUCCAAGCUGGUGAUUCCUCACCUGCUGAAGGCUCCUUCUCCUCACAUCCUCAACUUGUCUCCGCCCCUCAACCUCAACCCGGUCUGGUUCAAAAACCACACAGCGUACACCAUGGCCAAAUACGGCAUGUCCAUGUGUGUCCUGGGCAUGGCGGAGGAGUUCAGAGGUCAAAUUGCUGUCAACGCCUUGUGGCCCAAAACUGCCAUCCAGACGGCGGCCAUGGACAUGCUGGGUGGCGAUGGCGUGGGCAAACAGUGCCGUAAGGUGGACAUCAUGGCGGAUGCGGCCUACGCCGUGCUGUCCCGACCCAAGGACUUCACGGGUCACUUCCUGGUGGACGAGGAUGUCCUCAGAGAGCGAGGUGUCUGCGACUUGGAUCGGUACGCCGUGCAGCCAGGUCACCCGCUUCUGCCCGACUUCUUCCUGGACGAAGCGCCUGAUGUCCUCGUCCAGCAGAUGGAGCAGCACGGGGCGACACUGACCUUCAAAGCGCCGUCAUCCUCAGCGGCGCCCCCUUCAGGGGAGCCCAUAGAAAACACAUUUGAGGUCAUCAGAGGUGUCCUGAGCGAGGACGUGGUGAAGUCCACGCAGGCCGUCUACCAGUUUGACCUUUCAGGAGAACACGGCGGCGUGUGGUUUCUGGACCUGAAGAGCGGUUCAGGCGACGCAGGGCGGGGCCAGCCGGCCACCAAAGCCGAUGUUGUCAUGACGAUGGACUCCGGAGACUUCAGCAAAAUGUUUGCAGGGAAGCUGAAACCCACCAUAGCGUUCAUGUCGGGGAAGCUUCGCAUCAAAGGCGACAUGACGCUCGCCCUAAAGUUGGAGAAGAUGAUGAGUCGCAUGAACAAGUCCAAGCUGUGAUAUCACUAAAUAAAACAUCCAACAUGUGAUAUCAUCAGUAGAUAAAUGUGAUCCAAGAUCUGAUAUUGCCACUAAAUAAAAGCAUUAAGGUUU